UUUAAUUGAAAUUCUUUUCGACAAUCUGGAAACAAGAGUGGGGCCUGAAGUGGCCAUAUUUUAGGGAACAGAGUUCAUUAAUUUCCUUCCAACAAUCAAUUUUCGUAGUAGUUUAGUUGUGAUACGCUGAACACUUCUGUGAGGUUUAUGCAUUCUUAAAAUUGCAAAUCAUGGUUAACCUCGAAGUUUUCACUGUUUCAAACAGGAGUUUGGGAAAAUUGGAUGUUCCAGAAGCAUCCACAAUUAAAGAACUCAAGUCUAAAAUUGCCAAAAUAUCGAAAAUUUCCACAGAAAGGCAAUCAGUUCGUCAAGAAAUCAAAGGAAAGGAUUUGAAUGACUCUCUCAAAAUUGAGAGUUUAAAAUUAGGGAGUCCUGCUAAAAUCUUCGUAAAAGAUUUAGGCCCGCAAGUUGGUUGGAGUACAGUGUUUCUUGCUGAAUAUGCUGGACCUAUAGUAGUAUAUGUACUAGUUGCUGCUAGCAAUGGCAUUUUUCACAGUUCUCUGCCAGAAAGACAGCCCACAUUCAUGUCCAGAAUGAUUUAUUCAGCUUGGGUCAUACAUUAUUUGAAGAGAAUAUUGGAAACAAUCUUUGUACAUAGAUUUUCCCAUAGUACUAUGCCCAUAAGGAAUCUGUUUAAAAAUUGUACCUACUACUGGGGAUUUGCAUUUUAUGUUGCAUAUCAUGUGAAUCAUCCUUUAUGGACUGAGCCCCCAGCAAUAAUCUCUUACAUUGGAUUAGCUAUGUGGAUUAUUUGUGAAUUGGGAAACUUAAGUGUGCAUCUGCUUUUGAGAGAACUGAGACCUGCAGGAAGCACAGUUAGAAAAAUUCCACAUCCAAAUGGUAACCCUUUAACCAAUUUAUUCGAUCUGGUUUCUUGCCCAAAUUACACUUAUGAAGUAGGAGCAUGGUUAGGCUAUACUUUGAUGAGCGGAUGUUUGCCAGCUUUCUUGUUUACAUUGGCUGGCUUCUAUCAAAUGGCAGUGUGGGCUCUUGGAAAGCACAAAAACUAUAAGAGGGAAUUUCAAGACUACCCAAAGACAAGAAAAGCAAUCAUUCCAUUUGUUCUAUAAAUUUGGCUGUAUGCUACAUGGGUUUAUAAUUUGAAUAUUUUGUUACAAAGUCUAUUUAAAUAAAGAUCUAAGUAAAUCA